AGACAUCCCAGUAAUUAUGCAGGUCCUUCAGCCGGUUGGAGCUCCUGUACUGAUCUUAGCAGCAGUGUUAGUGACCACGUACGCCGCUUCUUGCACAGUGGACUCACAGGACAAGUGUCGCUGCAGCGAAUCAGCCAGCUCCCUCCUAGACGUCGGCUGCAUCUUCAAAUAUCCGUAUGAAUUUCAUGGGACUAUUGAUGAUACGACAUACACCUUCAGAUUCAGUCCUUGUGGGGACACCGAGUGUGAGCCACAGAAUGGAACUGUGAGUAUCUCCCUUUCCCUCCCUCUCUCGUUAUUAUCUGCAGCCACUUCUGCUUGUAAUUCACAGACG